UGCCACUGCUGCUGCUCCUGCUGCUGCUUCCAUGUCUAGGUUUUUGCUCAGAAAUGGAUUAAUCUUUGGUGACAAAAUGGCCAAUUUUUUUGUUUUAAGGGAAUAAUGAGAUCUCUCCUGAAGAUGUUUCCACAAUCAGGGAAAUCCAUCGUCUUUGACAACUUUCCAGAUCCCACUGACACCUGGGAAAUCAUCGAGACCAUCGGGAAAGGGACGUACGGGAAGGUCUACAAGGUGCUCAACAAAAGUGAUGGAAGUAAAGCUGCGGUGAAGAUACUGGAUCCCAUCCAUGACAUCGACGAGGAGAUCGAGGCGGAGUAUAACAUCCUCAAAGCUCUGUCUGACCACUUCAAUGUGGUUAAGUUUUUUGGGAUGUACUACAAGAAGGACGUGAAGUGUGGAGAUCAACUGUGGCUCGUACUGGAGCUUUGCAACGGCGGCUCGGUCACGGAGCUGGCCAAAGGCAUGCUGAGGAGGGGGGACACAAUGGAUGAAGCCAUUAUUGCCUACAUCCUGCACGAGGCCCUCAUGGGUCUCCAACAUCUGCACGUCAACAAGACCAUCCACCGCGACAUCAAGGGCAACAACAUCCUGCUGACGACGCAGGGAGGCGUCAAAUUGGUGGACUUUGGUGUCUCAGCUCAGCUGACAAACACACGUCUGAGGAGGAACACGUCUGUAGGAACUCCCUUCUGGAUGGCUCCUGAGGUGAUCGCAUGUGAGCAGCAGCUGGACUCGACCUACGACGCUCGCUGCGACGUUUGGUCCUUGGGCAUCACAGCCAUCGAGCUGGGAGAUGGAGACCCGCCCCUUUCUGAGCUCCACCCAAUGAGAGCCCUGUUCAAGAUACCCAGAAAUCCUCCGCCGACUCUGCUCCAGCCCGAGCUGUGGUCCGACACCUUCAACGACUUCAUCUGCAAAUGUCUCAUCAAGGACUUUGAGCUGAGGCCAAAUGUGCUCGACCUGCUGCAGCAUGUGUUCAUCUCACAGAUUGUGGGCAAAGAGAAAUUACUGCAGAAGCAAUUGAUUGAGCUCAUUGAUCUCAACCAGCAAGUUGUCAUUGAAAAAACAAGCCCUCAUGGAAAAACAGUCAGAGGCUCAGACAGUAACGACAGGCAUGAGCGCAUCAACACUAAAAAAGGAAGCCACACGAUGACGCAGCCCGAACCAGACGAGGUGGACGACCUCGCCACGCUAGAAGUGCUCGAUGAGAACACAGUUACAGAGCAGCUUCAGAGUCGCUAUGGAAGAGAUGACAUUUACACGUAUGUGGGGGACAUCCUCAUUGCCGUCAAUCCUUUUCAUAAGAUGGAUAUUUACACGCCUCAGUUCUCUAAGAUGUACAUUGGAGCUAAACGCACGGCCAACCCACCGCACAUCUUUGCUGUGGCUGAUACCGCCUACCAGUCCAUGGUGUCCUACAACACAGACCAGUGUGUUGUGAUCAGUGGCGAGAGUGGAGCGGGGAAAACGGAGAGCGCUCAUCUGUUAGUGCAGCAGCUGACUGUUCUUGGAAAGGCCAAUAACCGCACGCUGCAGGAGAAGAUCCUGCUGGUCAACAGUCUGGUUGAGGCGUUUGGAAACGCCUGCACUGCCAUCAACGACAACUCCAGCCGCUUUGGCAAAUACUUGGAGAUGAAGUUCACCUGUGGGGGAACCGUGGUGGGAGCGCAGAUAUCUGACUAUCUGUUGGAGAAGUCCAGAGUCAUCCACCAGGCCGUAGGGGAAAGAAACUUCCACAUCUUCUACUAUAUUUACGCCGGAUUGGCUGACAGGAAGAAACUAGCCCACUACAAGCUCUCUGACAGCAAAACCCCUAAGUAUCUGUGGAACGAGCACAUUAAAUUAGGGCCUGACAUCGUGAGCAACACCUUCUACAAGGAGCAGUUUGAGGCAGUGGAGCAGUGUUUCAAAGUCAUUGGAUUCACCCUGGAGGAGCUGGGCAGUGUUUACAGCACCCUGGCUUCCAUCCUCAACGCCGGCGACAUCGAGUUCUGUCCAGUCGCCACAGAGCAUCAGACAGACAAGAGCAACAUUUCCAACAUUUCUGUACUGGAGAACGUGGCGUCACUGCUGCGCAUCCGCUCAGACGAGCUCCAGGAGGCGCUGACCUCCCACUGCGUGGUUGCCCGCGGAGAAACCAUCGUCCGGCCCAACACGGUGGAGAAAGCCGUGGUGGUGAGGGACGCCAUGGGCAAGGCUCUGUACGGCCGCCUCUUCAGCUGGAUCGUCAACCGCAUCAACGCGCUGCUGCGGCCCAACAGUCAGCCAGAAGAGGACGACAAGGGCUUCAACAUCGGCAUCCUCGACAUCUUCGGUUUCGAGAACUUCAAGAAGAACUCCUUCGAGCAGCUGUGCAUCAACAUCGCCAACGAGCAGAUCCAGUUCUACUUCAACCAGCACAUCUUCGCAUGGGAACAGGAUGAAUACCUGAAUGAGGAGGUGGACGCUCGGAUGAUUGAGUACGAGGACAACCGUCCUCUGCUGGACCUCUUCCUACAGAAGCCCAUGGGGAUGCUCUCGCUCCUGGACGAGGAGAGUCGGUUCCCUCAAGGCACCGAUCAGACCCUCGUAGAGAAAUUUGAGAAUAAUCUCAAGACCAAAAGCCUCUGGAGACCAAAGAGGGUUGACCUUGGCUUUGGGAUCCACCACUACGCUGGAAAGGUGAUCUACAAUGCCGCAGGCUUCUUGGCCAAAAACAGAGACACGCUUCCAGCCGACAUCAUCCUGCUGCUCAGGUCGUCGGAGAACGAGCUCAUUCGUAAACUCGUCACUCAUCCUCUCACCAAAACGGGUAACCUCGCUCACAGCAGAGGAAAAGGCCCGAACACAAUGCGUCGCCCGCGGACGCCCACACGCAGCGCCACCCUCGCCAAGAUGGGAGUGCUCACCUUAUACUCUUCGUUUGGUUUCAGUGAGGGGGGUGAACAGGGAGAUGUACCUUACCACCCGAGAGAAACAACCAACAUGAGAACACAGACAGUGGCCUCCUACUUCAGAUACUCUCUGAUGGACCUGCUCUCCAAGAUGGUGGCCGGACAGCCACACUUUGUGCGCUGUAUCAAACCUAACAACGAUCGCCAAGCCAGCAAGUUUGACCGGGAGAAGGUUCUGCUCCAGCUGCGUUACACCGGCGUCCUGGAGACCGCCAAGAUCCGGCGUCAGGGUUUCUCUCACCGCGUCCUGUUUGCCAACUUCAUCAAGAGGUAUUUCAUGUUGGCAUUUCCUGCACAUGAGGAACCAGCUGUGUCUCCAGAAACCUGUGCUACAAUACUGGAGAAGGCCAAGCUGGAGAACUGGGCAAUGGGCAAGACUAAAAUUUUCCUGAAGUACUACCAUGUCGAGCACCUGAACUUGAUGGUACAACAGGCCACACAUCGCAUUGUUCUGCUCCAGGCUUAUGUCCGAGGCUGGCUGGGAGCGAAACGUUACCAGCGGAUGUUAAAAGACAGAGAACAGAGUGCUCUGGUGCUGCAAUCAGCGUACAGAGGUCAUAAAGUUCGGAAGCAGGUCGCCGAUGACAAAAGCAAAGUAAAGUUUGAGGCCUUCAUCGUCCAGUUUCAGGCUGUUUGCAGGGGUUAUCUCGUAAAAAAGAAAUACAAGGAGCUGGUAGAUGAAAAGAACAAGGCUGCAACCAAGAUUCAGGCACAAUACAGAGGGCACAAGGAGAGGAAAAGCUUCAAGAGAAAACGGGAAGAGCGAGAGAAAGCAAAUAAUUCCCUUAAAGAAAAGGAGGAACAGUCGCCUGAACCGGACAAAAGCACAGAUGAUGAAAAUGCCUCAACUCCAGAACCUACAGCAGAGAACGUGGAGGAUGAAGCUAAAGCUGCUGUGGUUCUCCAGAGCAACUACAGGGGCUACAGAGAGAGGAAAAAGUUUAAAGAGAGAAACAAUACCAUGGCUGAUGCUGAGCUAGAGUUACCAAACACUGUGGUGGAAGAGGACGUGGGAAAAGGGGGACAAGGAGAAAAAGAAGAAGGGGAGAAGACGGGUGAUGAACGAGAGGACAAUGACGAGGAUGAAGAAAGUACCUUUAAAGCAGAGGAAACUGAUGACAGUGAUCAAACACAGGUGCCUGAAGAUGAUGAACUUACAGAAGUAGCAGAUGAAAAUGGACAGGAAAAUGCUGCAGGGGAAGGGGCCACUAACUUGGAGGAGGAAGCCAAAGCAGCCACUGUUAUCCAGAGCAACUUCAGAGGUCACAAAGAGAGGAGGAAGUUGCAAGAAGAAGGAAAAAUCCCUGCUAAGAAACAGAAAUCCAGCCCAACUGGUGAAGGAGCAGCUUCAACAGGGGUCAGCACUACAGCAGAUGGAGAUUUUCCUGAAGUUCAAACGCCAGCAGAGGAGAUCUGUAGUGAUGAAAACAAGCACCAGCCAAAGGAAGAUGAAGAAGUAGGAGCGGUUUCUCCAGGCGAUGUCACUUUAGAGGACCAAGACGAGACCAAAGCAGCUGUGGUGAUUCAGAGCAACUUCCGUGGCCACAAGGAGCGAAAACGACUUGAGGAGGAAGGCAAGAUCCCCAAGAAAGGGAAGAAGAAUGACAAGGUUAUACCUCCAAAAGAAGGAGAAGAAGAGGUGAUGCAUGUGGAAGAGUCAUUGCAAGAUGCAUCUGCUGAGAACCAGGAUGAACUGGACGAGGAAAAGGCAGCCACUGUCCUCCAAAGUAACUUCAGAGGUCAUCAAGACAGAAAGAAGCUGAAAGCUGAGAGAGAAGCUCAGGGUAGAGCACAGGAAGGUACAGAAGACAAGGAGGAAGAGGAGGAGGUACCCCUUGAUGUUACAGAUAUAGAGAUUGAACGUAAUGAUGAGGCAGAUGCUGAGAGGGAACGGGUGGAGGAAGAACAGGCUGCUGUGAAGAUCCAGAGUAACUUCAGAGGAUACAAGGACAGGAAGAACCUGAAGGCCAACAAAGACACAGCACAGAGUGAAGCUGAGCAACUACAGAGCUUCUCAGAGGAGAUCUCAAAGACCUCUCAGGACUUUGUCACCCUGCAGCAGAAGUUGAAUGAGGUCAUCCAGGCACGCCAAUUAAACCCAGACAAGAGGAACGCAAUCAACGGCCUCGCCCCCCAGGAUCACCAAUCAACCGACAAGAGACUGUUGAGGACGCCCCGCAGGAGCCAGCAGCCAAAGACCCUGAACACACCGGAGGACUCCACUUAUUACAACCUGAUUCAUCGAUCCAUCCAGGAUGAUAAACGCAAGCCCAGGAAAGACGAUCCAGGGAAGCUGCUGGACGUGGACGACCACUACUACGAGAACCUCUGCUCCAGCAGGUCUGAGCCCCUCAUGCCCUCAGAGGAGACAUCUCGCAGGAGCAGCGGCAGUGGCAGCUUCUCUGAGCGGCGGCGGUCGACAUCAACCCGGUGCAGACAAGGUGCAGACCUGAAACCGGCCGCUGCAGGUAGACAGACCAGAGAGAGAGCCGUCACCGAACCAGAACCUCCCAAACCUGCCAAAGACAACAGGCACUCCGUCCCCAGGAUGUCCUCGACGGAGAGUCGCACCGACGACAACCCGUACGACUUCAGACACCUGCUGAGGAAGACGUCGCAGAGGAAGAAGCUCAUCAGACAGUACUGAAGCGGCGUCUCUCAUGCUCGCACACAUCUUAACUUAAAUGUAAAUAGCAGAAAGUGAAAAAGAAAAAUGUCAUUCGUAAUAGUUAUUUUUGGUAAAUAUUGUUUUAUAAUGUCUAUAAAUGAUGUAAAUGUGCAUUAUAACCACUCUGAGUCAUGAAAUGUUGGGAAAACAUUGUACGUUUGUCAAUUUAAAACCAAAUAAAACACCAUGACUUUCCAUUUAUUUCUUGCAGCACAAAGUCAUUUAGAAGAGAUAGUCCUCAUCUUGUGUCCGUUCUUACUGUGAAGAAACAUGCCAGAUUAAGA